AUGGAGACGCGUGUCGCGGGUCAGGGCCAACCGAAACGAGUCGGUCGAUGGACGCUGGCUCAGCUGCGUCAAACUGACGGCAUCAUUCCAUCUCAAGCCGGUUGGAACAAAGGUGAUUCGCAGAAGCUGAUGACCAAUUUCGGUACUCCUCGAAAUACCAGCACACGUGUGAAAGCAGAAAAUUUAGCGGAAAUUCCCGAAGAUGUUCUUAUGCGAUCACAUGGUGAAGUACGUCUGCAAUCAGGAACGAAUAAAUUCGAUUCGCAACGUGGCAUGACUGGAUUUGGAACCGGUCGUGACGUCUGUAGGGAGGGAAUUCAUGUUAACCAACUACCCCAGGAUGUACAGCCACUUCCUGAAGAAAAAAUCCGUCUCAGUGAUGGUAUUGUUCGCCUGCAAGCUGGUACCAAUAAAUAUGACUCUCAAAAGGGUAUGACCGGUUUUGGAACGUCUCGUCGGGAGACGACAAAGAUGUUGGAUACAAAACAUCCCGAUUAUGACCACGAGCGCCCUGAUCAAUCAGAGAUCCCACUGCAAGCUGGUACUAACAGAUUUGCAUCCCAAAAGGGCAUGACCGGAUUUGGUACUUCACGUCGUGAGACAACCAGGAUCGUUGAUACAGCUCAUCCCGAAUAUGACUGUGAAAGCAGUAUCGAUUCAACAACAAUUCCUAGCCAAAUGGGUAGCAAUAAAUAUGCAUCACAGAAAGGCAUGACUGGGUUCGGCCAACCACGUUGGGAAGUUCUCGAUCCAUCUAUUUCGUGGCAGAAUCGCAAAAGUCAAGGCAUGGUUCGCCUUCAGUCUGGUACGAACAGAUUCGCUUCACAGCAGGGUAUGACUGGUUUUGGUACGGUCCGUAACACAACUUAUGAGGCCGAAGCAGGAGAACUACCAUACGAAGAUAUGAAGAAGUCUGAAACGAUUAUUCCUUCGCAGGCAGGAUGGAACAGGGGAGACUCUCAGAGAGGAAUGACUGGGUUCGGUGCACCUCGUGAUGUAAAAGGCAAACAUCUCAAGCGCAUUUGGGAAUUAGAAUAUCCAGAAGAAGCUGAAGUAUCACUCGAUCGACUUUAAGAUCUGAAUCAGAAUGAUCAGUCCAUCAGUGCCAAUCGAAAAAGCAACUGAAUUGAAUCUAACACAUCGCACUAUGCAACUUGAAUGAAUAAUUAUCCCAUUUCGAUUUUGUAUGAAGUCUGAACCUAACGUUGUCUAAGUGAAUAUGCUUUGAUCACCACUUACCAGAAAUUAUCUUCGUACCCAAUGCAGCUUAUUAUUAAGAUUGUUGCGUUUGUUUUAUCCAUCAAACGAUACUUUGGAGAACAAGUGAAGUAUGUACGAAACUCAAUCUGUUUCCUCUUAUUAAUCAAGUCGUCGUCAGUAUUCAUUUCUUUCUACUGCUUGCUGCAUCCAACUGUGAAUAAUUGUUUAAUGAAGCAGCUACACUAAUUGAUUCGUGCAUUAUAUAAUAUUAUCACAAAGUGCUCUUUAUUGUUUCUUAAACUGUCGACAUUUGCUCUCUUUAACUAUGUUUAUUCGUUUUUGUUUUCAUUUAUUGUUGUUUUCUUAUUCAUCUAGUUGGAGAGUAGUUCCAAAUUUUCGAUGUGCUGCCAACGAAUCGAGUCUUUUCAAUUGUUCAGCUCAAUCCUGAUCAAUAUAAUUGGAAUUAUGUUUCAUUUUUAAAAUAUCGUUUCAUCGCCCAAAUUUAUUUUCGGUCAUGUUCCUUCUAGUUCUCUUUCAGCGCUCAUUGUUAUGUGCUACUCAAUCUGUUGACGAUGCAUCAAAACAAUACUGACAUAUGGCAUUUGUCUCAUUCAUUAUAACUUCCCCUUAUGUUUUUUAAUAGUUGAUCGAUA